AUGUUCGGAGAAGUCCCGGAAAUCUGGAAAGAGUCUAUCAUCACAGCUAUUCCUAAAACUCCGCAUGCAAACGUGGUCUCCUCUUCCCGCCCUAUCAGUUUUACUUCACCAGUGGCUAAGGUCCUGGAAAAACUAGUACCUGAUAAACUUGCAACUCACUUCCGCAAAAACAUGUUAAUACCUUUGGAACAACAUGGAUUUGUGGAAGGCGCUUCUGCAAGUACGCUGAUGGCUGAUUGCUAG